UUUCUCUCCAGCCCCUUUUCUAGGAAUUCAUUCUUUUCAGGUAUUAUUUGCCAAGCCGCCAAAGUGGAGAGUGUAGUUGCAACAGGGGGUCCUUCUCGUUUCAGCGAGUUCCUGGGGAAAACUCCAGGUACUGGCGUUCAGAGAUGGAUACCUUCUCGAUGCACUAGACGAGAUGCAAACUCCUCCAAAGACAACGGGCAAAAUGAUGCAACUUUCAGGAAAGUGAGGGGUAUCCUUAACAAACUCACUCCUGAGAAGUUUGACAAAUUAUGUCUGGAGCUCCUCAAUGUUGGUGUGGAGUCGAAGCUUGUCUUGAAAGGAACCAUCUUAUUGAUUGUUGACAAAGCCCUCGAAGAGCCCAAGUACAGCCAGUUAUAUGCUCAGUUGUGUCUUCGCUUGGCUGAAGAAGCACCAAACUUUGAAGAACCAUCUACAGAAAGUCCAGCAAUACAAAAGCAAAAUACUACAUUCAGACGGCUUUUAAUUUCCAAGCUUCAAGAUGAGUUUGAAAACCGUGCCAAAAAUGUUGAAGUCUUUGACAAACAAGAUGGCCCUCUCACCCCUGAAGAGGAGGAGCAGCGAGCUAUUGCAAAGAUCAAAAUGCUGGGCAACAUCAAAUUCAUUGGUGAACUUGGCAAACUCAACCUUAUUCAUGAGUCAAUUCUUCACAAGUGCAUCAAAACACUUUUGGAGAAAAAGAAGAGAGUCCAAAUCAAGGAUAUGGGUGACGAUCUGGAAUGCCUCUGUCAGAUAAUGAGAACUGUAGGACCUAAACUUGAUCAUGAUAAAGCUAAGUCUCUAAUGGAUCAAUAUUUCAGCCGAAUGAGGUCCUUGAUGAACAACAAAGACCUUCCUGCGAGGAUCCGUUUCCUGUUGCAGAACACAGUGGAGCUCCGAGCCAACACCUGGGUAGCCCGCAAAGCGUACGUUGAUAAUGGACCAAAGACGAUUAAUCAAGUUCGGCAGGAUGCAGUAAAGGAUUUAGGUGUUUUUAUUCCACCACAACAUGAUGCAAUGAGGAAUGACUACUUCAUGGACAACCCUUCAUUCCUGCCAACCAGGAUCAAGUUUGACAGAGAGAUGCUUGGCGGGCUGGCUGAUAUGUUUGGACAAAUGCCUGGAAGUGGUAUUGGUACAGGUCCAGGGGUCAUUCAGGACCACUAUUCACCAACCAUGGGGCGUCACCGAACAAACCCACUCUUCAAUGGUCAUAUUAGUAAUGGCAAUGGUUCGAUCCAGCCUCAGUUUGAAGCAGGCAGCAAACCUUUUGUAAAACAAAGUCAGGGCUCACCAGUUUUCAACCACAAACAGAAUCACUCAGGGCAAACACAGUCCAAGGAUAUGGCUUCACGAUUUUCCAAGAAAGGAAAAUUAAAUGCUGAUGAGAUCAGUCUGAGGCCAGCACAAUCCUUCAUACUAAACAAAAAGCAGGUUCCAAAGCUCCAGCCACAAAUGACUAUGAUGCCACCAAGUGCCCAAGGUUCAACCCUAGGACAGGCUCCACAGCUGGGCUUAAAAACCAAUCCUCUACCUAUUCAGGAAAAACCAUUGAAGUCUGUUAAAAAAGCUCCACCCACAAAGGAAGAGUUGCACAAGAUGACAGAGACGUUGAUAACAGACUAUCAAAGCAACAAGGACAUGGAAGAGGCAGUGAAUGCUGUCAAGGACAUGAAGCCUCCACAGUACUUUUUGACUGAGAUGCUGAACAAGAUCGUAUCACACUCCCUUCGCCGUUCAGAUGAAAACAGGGAACAAGCAAGCAUUCUGAUCCAUGCAUUUUGUACCGAGGGUCUCGUCACUGGUGAAAACAUAAUGCAGUCCUUUUUAGGUGUCCUAGAACAGUCUCCUGACAUUGAGGAGGAAGUCCCCCUUGUCAAGUCUUACCUGGCACAGUUUGCAGCACGUGCCAUAAUUGCUGAUUUAAGCAGCAUUGCAGAUCUGGCCCAUCAGCUGGAGAAUGGUAUGCAUUUCCCUCUUUUCCUGCUGUGCCUGCAGCAGAUGGUCAAACUGAAGGACCGUGAAUGGCUCACCGAACAGUUCCAGCAGAGCAAAGUCAACAUGCAAAAGAUGCUGCCUGAAAUUGACCAGAACAAAGAUAGGAUGCUGGAAAUUCUUGAGGGCAAGGGUCUCAGCUUUUUGUUUCCACUGAUGAAACUGGAGAAAGAGUUGCUGAAAGAGAUCAAAGUGGAUCCAUCUCCACAGUCCAUCUACAAGUGGAUCAAAGACAACAUAUCUGCUAAGCUCCACACUGACAAAGGCUUUGUCAACAGUCUGAUCACCAGUUUCUUGCAGUAUAUUUCUUACAAGAUCAACCCAGAUGAUGACGAGGAGCAGUUUUCAGCACCCAGCAAGGAACAGUUGGAUGAGGAGAAGCAGCUGCUGCUGUCCUUCAAGCCUGUGAUGCAGAAAUUCCUUCACGAUUACAUGAAACUUCAGGUGGCUGCACUCUAUGCCCUGCAGGUUCACUGCAACACUAAAGGGUUUCCCAAAGGCAUGUUACUGCGCUACUUUGUUAACCUUUAUGACAUGGAAAUAAUUGAAGAAGAGGCCUUCUUGUCAUGGAAAGAAGAUGUCACACAAGAAUAUCCAGGAAAGGGGAAAGCACUAUUUCAGGUGAACCAAUGGCUGACUUGGCUGGAAACUGCAGAAGAAGAGGAAUCGGAGGAUGAUGAGUACUGAAGAACAAACAGCAGCCAUGUAUUUUAAGAAUGCAGUUUUUUUUACUGUUUUGUAUUUGUGGUCUUUAUCUUCCUUACUUACCUCCUUUCCUUUUUGUAUUGUUUCCCCCCAACCACUGUUACAACUCAAUCUCUAUGGAAUACUGUGCCAGAUCAAACCAGCAUCAUGACAUUUUAGUUCAUUUUGGGGGAGGGGGUCCUUUCUUUAUUAGUUUCCUCACGAAGACAUUUUAAUACAUUUCAAUCAGUAGUUUUUUUUUUUUGUUUGUUUUGUUUUAAGUUUGGCAGUGUUUUGCAAGAAAUGUGCCAGAGUCAAAACCUGUUUUUAUCAAGUCACCAAGUGCUGCUAAAACUGUUUACAAAGAGAAAAGGCUCUAAUGUAACAAAAGGGCUCUUUCUUCAGUGUUUUAUCAGCAUUUGCUGAUCAGUUUUUAGAUGCACUUUGCUCAACACCUUGUUGCAAUAGUUUAAAAAAACACUUUUCAUGGUUUAUUGUAUUUAUCAUGAUUUUUUUUCCAUAAUGGCUUUCCUGUGCAGAAUAACUAGACCAUUUUGUCUAAUAUCUAAACUUGGUUAUGACUAUGAAAUGGCCUCUUUUAUUUGCACAGUGUGAUAUCACUUCCCCACAAUAAGUGUAAUUAUCAGUUAUGUUUUUUUUUCUCUUCUUUUUACUGUCUGAAGGUUUAGUGCUGUUAGGAAUAAAUCGGUGUGGCCUUGGCAUUUUUUAAUUUAUCAGUUAAAAUUGACAUACCUCUGAUGCAUUUCAGACUAUACUUGAAUGGCUCAGUUUCUAUACUAAGGCAGCCAAAGCUUAGUUUUCUGCGCUAGCUGUUCACACCACCAUUUGUGGAACUUAUAAGUCUGUUUGCUCUAUUUGUCAAGUUUUUAAGUGUCUUUUUAUCUUCAUGGAAUUGAGAUUGUACUCUACCUGUACACAUUAAUCCCUUUGGAGUGAAAAUGAAAAUUUUAAGUGACUGUAACUACAGAUCAGACUUGAAUAAAGUUUAACAACAAA